AUGGAUAUCGACGAUGUUUCUAACGUCCCACAGUACAUGGCAAUACUGAAAGAGCAAAAGGCCAAUCUCCAAAGAGCCCAAGGUUUGAAAGGCCAGAAAGCAACACCCAGCAAGUCAAGGAACGAAAUCAUUGCUCAGUUUACGCUUCGAAGAAUGAUUAAUAGUGGACUAAGUCGGCGAGACGAGACGAACAUUCGAUCGUCGUUCCUACCAUCUGCUUAUGCACCAUCGACUAUUCCUCUCACUCGGUUGAGUAAGAUCAUGUUUCGAGAUCUUUGUCUGGAAACCCACCAUCGAGGACAAUACAUCCUUGUUAGAACAGUCACCCCAACUGACGUGAUGACUGCUGUGAUGGCGAUUGUCGAGGAUGAGGAUGGAAGAGUCUUUAUGAUACAGAUCUACAAUCAAGGGGAAGAAUUUUCGAAGUUUCUGGAUCUCCCCGAGGGGGUUGUGCUAGUGGUAAAAGAACCUUAUGUGAAGGUUAUGGCAGACGGAGAUUUUGGGAUUCGUGUCGAUCAUAUUUCAAACAUUAUCCUUAUUCCUGGCUUCGAUGAGCGUAUUCCACUCUCCUGGAGAGCCCGGAUUAUAUCCGUCGAAGAAGACUUGCCUGCUUUCUGGAAGGAACGAGGGAAUGAAUUCUUUGAGCAAAGCCGUUAUCAUUUUGCGAUUCAGUGCUAUACUAAGGCUCUAGAAUGCGACCCCCCUCCCCCGCCUGAUCUCGCGAUCGCGACUCAGCUCAACCGUGCCCUCUGUGGCCUCAGAGCACGUCAAUUUGAUGAAGCCCUUCUCGAUGCAGAUGCGGUGCUACAGAGAUCCGAGAUAUCUGAAAAGGCACUUUUCCGAAAAGCUCAAGCAUUAUACUGCCUUCGGAAGUUUCGAGAAUCCUGUGAAACACACAAGGUGCUGGACAGGAACUAUCCAGAAAACUUGAUAGCUCAGCACGAAUAUCAACGUGCAUCUGCCCGUCUCGCUGAAGAAGAUACUGGGGAAUAUGAAUUCAAGAGAAUGAUUCUGGAAGCUAAGAAACGCCGCCCACCACAUCUCGAGCGUGGUACAUAUUUUGGUCCGGUUACAAUCAAGCCCACCGAGUCUCAUGGACGGGGACUUUUUACAACAGAAGCAGUGAAAGCUGGGGAUCUUUUACUCUGCGAAAAGGCAUUCGCUCAUGCCUUUCAUGACGAGAAGGGGUCGGGUGACCUGACAUUGCUCAUGAGUCCUGACACCAAUAAGAUGAUACUUGGCACUCAAGUCCAACUCAUUGGGAUGAUUGCGCAAAAGCUUUACAGAAAUCCUUCCAUGUUAUCCAGGUUCAUUGACCUACACCAUGGCACCCAUGAUUCCUCUGAUAUCCGCGUUGAUGGUCAAGCCGUCAUCGACAUAUUUCUUAUUCAAAAGACAAUCAAACUCAAUUGUUUUGGCUGUCCCCUUCUGUCGCGUCAAAGCCAUAUAAAAUCAAGGAUUUCGGAGGAUAUAACGAAAGCUGGAAACAAUAAGUUUGACUCAUCUGGUAUGUGGUGCAUGGCAUCAUACAUUAAUCACUCAUGUCUGAGCAACAGUCGCCGCUCAUUCAUCGGGGAUAUGAUGAUUAUCCGCGCGAGCAGGGAUAUCGCCAAAGACACGGAGAUUACUUUCUGGUACCAGUCCCCCAUCGGAAAUCAAGAUCAAGAACUGCCAGACCUCCAGAAUUGGGGUUUCAAAUGCGAUUGUGCAAUUUGCGACAGCAUUCGAGGUCUGAGUAAGACCGUACUAUCCACCCGAAAAAGACUUUCCGCUGAACUAGAAAAACUGUUCAAUUCCAAAAAAUUGAAACAUGCCAAAAUUGAGAGUACCCUUGCCAGUCUCGAACAAACAUACUCUCUGCCACCGUCCGAAGUCCCUCAUCUCGCACUUUGGUCAGGUUAUCUGUCUCUCGCUGCCAUUUCUCUCACAUCCUAUCAAUUUGAAAAGGCUAUCAAAUUCGGACUGAGAUGUCUGGAGUCACUUGGCUUUAUGAUUGAGGGUGGAAGUAGGACAGAUACCCAAAUAAAGGUCAUCAAGUGGGGGUUGAUGACCGAUGGUGUAGUUGGAUGCUGGAUGAUUCUCAGUCGCGCGUUCGGUGAAGUUGCGCCUGGCCUGAAGGUUCACGCAGAGGAAUAUGCCAAAAUUAGUUACAGGAUUUGUGUAGGGGAAGAUGAAACAUUUGGUGAGACUUAUAGUAGUCAGCUCUCAGAACGAGCUGAUUGCUUACACGCCACAGCGACAUAG